AUGCCCAUUCGCGAGAUAGCCCGCCGUACUGGUUUGUCUCGCAAUACCAUCAAGAAGUACCUGCGAGAGGGCGCUGUUGAGCCGAAGUUCAAGGUGCCCAAACGACCGAGUAAUCUUGAUCCGUAUGCGGAUCGUUUGUCUGCAUGGUUGUUGGCUCAGACACGCAAAUCGCGCAAAGAGCGGCGUACUGUGAAGCAGAUGCACGCCGAUUUGGUGAAGUUGGGCUAUGCAGGAUCCUAUGCGCGCGUGGCCGCUUUUGCCCGUGCCUGGCGUGACGACCGGCAUCGUGCCGAGCAAACAACUGGGCGCGGCACGUUUGUACCGCUGGUGUUCCAACCCGGCGAAGCGUUCCAGUUUGAUUGGAGCGAAGACUGGGCCACUAUCGGCGGUGAACGGGUCAAGCUGCAGGCGGCCCAUACGAAGCUCUCGCACAGCCGAGCUUUCUUAGUGCGCGCCUACCCAUUGCAAACGCAUGAGAUGCUGUUCGAUGCCCAUUGGCAUGCGUUCCGCGUUUUUGGCGGUGUGCCUGGACGCGGGAUCUAUGAUAACAUGAAAACUGCUGUUGAUCGCGUUGGCCGUGGCAAGCAGCGUGACAUCAACGCCCGGUUUAAGGCGAUGGCCAGUCACUAUGUUUUUGAACCCGAGUUCUGCAAUCCAGCGGCAGGUUGGGAGAAGGGCCAAGUCGAGAAGAACGUCCAAGAUGCGCGCAAUCGCAUGUGGCAGGUCAUGCCUGUCUUCAAGGAUCUUGAUGAGCUGAACCAGUGGCUGGAAGACCGCUGCAUCGCCCUUUGGAUUGAGACACCGCACCGGGAUCUGCCCGGCACUAUUGCUGACAUCUGGGAAGCAGAGAAGCCCAUGUUGAUGGCACUACCACCCGCCUUCGACGGUUUUGUGGAGCACAGUAAGCGUGUGUCGCCAACAUGUCUGAUCACCUUUGAGCGUAAUCGCUACAGCGUGCCCGCGAGCUUUGCCAACCGGCGCAUCAGCUUGCAUGUCUAUCCAGAACGGCUGGUCAUAGUGGCCGAGGGGAAGACCGUUUGCACACAUGAGCGCAUCAUAGAUCGAUCACACCGCAAACCUGGUCGUGUUAUCUACGACUGGUGCCACUAUCUCGCUGUAAUCCAACGUAAACCCGGUGCCUUGCGCAACGGAGCACCGUUCAUUGAGAUGCCAGAGGCCUUCCGCAACUUGCAAGGUCACAUGCACCGCAGAGAAGGUGGUGACCGCGAGAUGGUCGAUAUCCUGUCAUUGGUUUUGCACCAUGAUGAGAAUGCCGUUCUGUGUGCCGUAGAAUUGGCGUUGGAGGCUGGCGUGCCAACCAAAACCCACAUUCUGAACUUGUUGCACCGGCUGAUAGACGGAACGCACACUGAUCUCCCAGAGGUCGAUCCACCUGAUGCACUCGCAUUGGAAACAGCGCCAAAGGCAAACGUGGACCGCUAUGAUGAUCUGAGACAGGCUGGGGGCAAGUACCAUGCGUCAUGA